UCAGGUCUUGAAACAUAAAGUAGACAACAUUAAGCGAAUGUGUUCUCAUCCUCUGAUGUCACUGUAUUUGACUGGGGGGCAAGAUGGUUCAGUACAAUUAUGGGAAUGGGGUCAUCAGCAAGUGGUAUGUACUCCAAGAGCACCAGGAACUUUUGCCAAAGUAACUAGAGCGAGAUUUUCGCAGCAUGGAAAUAAAUUUGGUAUCGGUGACGGAGAUGGCAAUCUCAGCUUAUGGCAAGUGGGAUUAGCCAGUAAUGCAAAUCAAUCAUUCUUUACAUACCAGUGCCAUAACAAAGGAAUUGGAGAUUUUGUGUUUUUGGGUUCUUGCAGUUUAUUAGCUACAGCUGGCCAUAGUUCUGAGAGCAAAAAUGUUGCAAUGUGGGAUACUUUGAUGCCAAGAAAGAAAUCCCAGGUGACUGCAUUUACAUGUCAUGAUCAAGGUGCCUCUAGUUUAGUCUAUGCACCCCAACAUCAGCUCCUAAUCUCAGCUGGUAAAAAAGGAGAUGUUUGCAUUUUCGAUGUCAGGCAAAGGCAAUUGCGACAUCGUUUUCAGGCCCAUGAAACUCCGAUCAAAUGCUUAGCAAUGGAUCCAAAUGAAGAAUAUUUUGUAACGGGUUCCGCCGAUGGCGAUGUGAAAGUCUGGGGUUUGUUUGUCCAUUCACUUUUGCAUUCAUUCCCUGGCGAACACGCCAAAGGUAGUUUUUUCAAGACAAUCGGUCAAGGCGUCACCCAGCUUCACACGGAUGGGGCUGGCAUAUUUUCAUGUGGCGUCGAUGGUAGCAUGAAAGUUAGACAAUUGCCGCAUCCACUUUACUAA